GAAAUCGAAAAUAAAGCAAAUAACUGCAACACAAGAUUUAGUAAAUAUUUUUACCUACGUACUGGUAUAUUUGUACAAUUUAUUUUUGACUAAACCAGUUGCUUUAACAUCGUAAUCGGUAAUGUCGAAAAACAAAACAAACAGCAUCUACAGCACACGCGCACCAUAUUCGGAUCGCGCUAAGAAGGACAGCGACACCUUCAAGGAGGUGAUUGUACCGAUACAAGCCAUUGAAACGGCGCUGCUCUUGCUUCACUCCCAAGAGGACUCAGUGCUUGCCACCGUAUUCAAGAAUAUCACAGAGUUCGCACGCCAACAAAGUGAAAAUAUAGCUGAACUAAGAAAACUAAAAUUACUCGAUUUGCUGUUGGAGAAGAAAUUAUAUAUGUCUUCUGAAGCGGUAAUGAUAAGACGAUUUGCUAUGUAUCUGGCUUGUGCCAUAGUCGAGAGCAUGAAUAUGCUGCAGGAUUUAGAGCCAGAGCAGACAAUGUUUAUACUUGACGCAUGUAUGGAGGCGUAUAUGAAGGAAGUAGACGACUUUUGUCUGGAGUAUUUAACGGUGAUUAUCAAUAAAUGCCUCGAUGACCCACAUGUGGCACAUGCGAUGCUUGAGAAGACUGAGUUCCUAGAAAAAUUCUUCACAAUAAAUGCCAGAACUGAGAAUCCAGAUAUUUUGUGGCAGUCUUUCGAGGCCAUACACAAAUUGCUGCAACUACUGGACAUUCCAACUAUGCAGUCAUUCAGCACAUUGCUACUGUUCCCCAUCGAUCGUGUGCUUUGCGAUCUCUCAAACGAAUUUACCGAAAUACGCAGCGCUGCACUAAAAAUCGUUAAAGAUCUGGUAGUAGACACGAGUGAAAACUCCGUUUUCGCCGACGUUAGUCGUUGCAUAUUCGCGUUGCAGCAGCUAACGCAGCUUUUCUGCGACCAUGCCACCAUCAAGCAUGGCGGCGAAGCGAUCGAAGCAUUGGCCACAGCAAUGCGUACCGAGAAGAUGACACAAAUCUUCUUCGAGUAUAACCUUUUCGAUCGUAUCAUACAGAAUGUGAACGCGCAUAUGUUGGACUAUCCGGCGAGUGUUAAGUGCAAAGUGAUGUGGAUAUUUGCCGAGAGUGCCAAGUAUGAACAAUUCCUGGAACGCAUUUACAAUGCAAGUGUGACAGAUUUUCUCUUGGACUGCCUACUGCAAGCGGAUCCGAAUGGGCCGGCGCCACAUGUCUUAGCCGGUUUGAAUCGAAUGAUGAAACAUGCCACUGCGGCCAAUCGCAUAGUGCAGGUGUAUGAGGCCGGCGUGAUAAAGCGGCUUGUGUAUAUCAUAUCACAACCAGGCAUUGACAUACGUACACGCGAACACGCCGCAGAGUUGAUAGGCAACUUGUUGCAGUUCGCAUUCCAUGCCACCGCGCAUCAACUGCUGCCUCUAGAAAUUUCUGAAGUCUUGGGCAGAAUAUUUGGUCAGCAACAAGUCGAUAUCUCCAUUGAUUUUUUACUUUCGUUACUUAAUAUUAUCGAACAGCUGGCGCAAAACGAUGAGUAUCGUGCAAUUUUAGGCGAGUCAGCUUUGCUUGCCACGAAUAUUGCACUCAUGCUGAAGAACUCCUUCGCAACAGCUAAACUGGUGAGCAACAUUUUCCGUUGCCUCUGUACGCUAGUCGAGGAGGACCAAGUACGUGAGCUUCUAUUGCCACACUACCUUGCUCUGUCCAUGAAACGCGGUCUUAAGUCACGCUCGAACUUGGUAAAGACGUCAGUGACGAAUUUCAUCAUGCAAACAACACGUUUUCCCGAGAUGGUACACGAAUAUAUCGAAUCUGGUGUCUUGGAAGUACUUAUUUUGAAUCAAAAGCUGGCCAUGUGUGUAUCCACUUGGGGACCCGCUAUUGAGGCCAUUCUUUCCAAAUGUCCAAGUCUCAAGUUUUGCAUACGCAAUCAUCUCGGUUUCACCGACAGCACUGCUGGCAAUGACUUUCUUGUUUCCAAGCAAAAAUUUGACGAUUUUCGCAUUUUCCAAAGUAUUCUGAAAGAAGACGUUUCACCGCUCUAUCCAAUUUUAGUGGUAAAUUUUAAUCGCGUCCUAAACCCACCCGAGUUGGUUAUUGAGGUGCCAAUCGAAUGUUUUCCCAUGGAGGAGCGCUUGGGCAGUGGUGGGGUGAGAUGGUGUUACUGCCGUAAACCAGGUGAUAGUGAGCUGCCGCGCAUGCUUGCGCACCUAAACAAACAACUCGAAAAGUACGGCUUGCUUCAAAAUCCGGCGAAAAUGAGUCGCUAUAUUGAUUUCGACAACUUGGCUAAACGCGCUAAGGUUCUAGCCGAGGUUGUGGAGGCCGCACUUAGUGAUAAUCUGAAGCCACUCGAUCUUAACACGACUGAAGAGUGCUGUAACCACACUGUGAAAUGUCAUUUGACCGAACUGGCGAGGAUGUUGCAUUGUAACUUCAUUCCCAUUGGUAUAGUGCGCACUGGUUGCCAGUUUGAACGCGCCAUUCUUUUCAAGGCGCUCGCUGAUCAAAUUGGUCUGCCGUGUACACUGCAGCGGGCCGUCGAUGGUCGUAUAUUGUUCAAUGAAGUGCCACUGCCGGUAGAAAUGGAGCAGGAUCCUCACUGUGACAACAGCACAAUGAAAUUCAUGCCUUGGCGUAUGCUGCGUCCCACUCAUAUUGUCGAUUUGAUGUUUCACAUCGGAGAACUAUAUCCAAUUCAGAGUCGACAAGCGCUACAGUAUUUAAGACUGUACUAGGGGCCUUGUGAUGGAAGUUGAUUAUCUGGGAGAUGAGGUACGGUUUAUAUCUUGCCUUCUGUUUAUGUUUAUAUUUUUAUAAA